AAACUGCCGAAAGCCAGUCUGGUCAUUCACGACGGUCACCGCCUCGUGCACAGCGCCGAAACCCCUCCAACCCGGCGCAGACCGACCUUCGGCAGCACAUAGAACGAAAUCGGGCUCGUCAAGAGUCAUCUGAACUUGAAACAUUACGACGGAGGGUUGUCGAAUUGGAGAGCCGGCAACGGGCACCCGAAGACCCACCUCGGCGGGCUGCAACAUCGGCGCAAGUAUAUUUGGAAGCCGAUUCCCCCCUCACUCCGGAGCUCACUUCGGAACCUGUGCCUGGGAAAGUCAAGGUCCCCCAGAUCGGGCUAUAUGAUGGAACGUCAGACCCUGACUCGCACCUCGGUCAUUAUACUUCAUGGAUGGAUCUGCAUGGGGCCUCAGACGCACUCCGGUGUCAUAUGUUUUCGCUUACACUGGGGCCUCGGGCACAAAAAUGGUACCAUUCUCUACCUCCCCACUCAAUUUGGAAGUGGCAACAACUAAGGUCGGCUUUCCGAUCUCAUUUCAUCGGGGCUCAAGUCUGCCUAAUUCCAAAAGAAUCUCUUGCAAACAUAACUCAGAAAGAUGAUGAAAGUGUCAAGGAUUAUAUUGCCCGAUUUAAUGACCGAGUUCAAAACAUGGAACCUUGUCACCCCGAAACUUUGCUUGUCAUGGCUAUUGCCGGACUGAAACCGAAUUUGAUUUUCCGUUGGACGCUGUGCCAAAAUAAACCAAACACUUUUCAAGAAUUUCUUGCUCGAGCUCAGCAACACAUCAUAGCUGAAGAAGCCAUGUCGGUCCCCGAUUUUAACUUUAACCCGAAGUCUUCUAAGCUGGGGACCGACGAGAAAAAGAAGAAUAAAAUUUUCGACAAGCAAAACAAGACUCAAUUCAGGGGACCUCCCCGAGGAGACCCCAAUGAUCCUGAAGUUCGAUCGGCCCGAAAACAGUACGCUACCGAUGUGAAGUCCGCCUAUGCCCGACAAGCGUAUAACUCCAGCAAACAAGUGUACACUACUGAUUUGAGGGACAUCCUCAACAAUCGGAAUUGUCCCAUAACCUUUAACAUGGAGGAUGCUAAUCACUUUGCGCACCCCUAUUCUGACGCACUUGUCAUCACCGUCCCAAUAUGCGGAGUCCCCGUACAUCGUGUUAUGGUGGAUAAUGGGGCCUAUUCGAGCAUUUUGAUGUUAAAAGCUUUUGACAAAAUGGGUCUUGAUCCCGCCGACAUCCGACCUUGCAAUGAUCAGAUACAAGGGUUCAACGGAAGUAUUUCGAAGCCUAUCGGCGAGAUCACUUUAUCUGUCAGAUUCGGCACUUUGGAGAAUGUCACUAAGCUCGUCAUGGAAACCUUCAAGAUUCUGGAUAUCAAUAAUGAGUACAAUGCCAUCAUCGGCAGAACAUCAUUGUAUAAACUUCGAGCUGCGGUUUCGAUCUUUCACUACGCUCUGAAGUUCCCGACUACACGAGGAGAAGGGACACACUUUGGAGACCAGAGAGAAGCUCGAGAACUUAUUACAAUCAUACCACCCAACGGAGUCCAUUCCACCUCGACGAGCAAUUCUCCACUACAAAGCGUCUCGAACGACACGGUGUCCGAAGAACCAAACAACCACGACGGUGAUCCUCCCACCUCGGAUCCUUUGACCGACGACCGAGGUCGCCGACCUGGAAAGGAACCUAUCCUUAAAGAAGAUGAGUUGGACCCAAGAGCCCAAUUUAAAGAAAAAAGCCGAA